UGCAGUACCUUGGGAAACACUUGUGUUGUCAAGACAACAAGUAAACUCUCGCUUGAGUACACCGACAUGGCGGAGUUGUUGAAAAUAAAACGUGAAUUUGAAGAGUUCCAAAAGGAAUACUGCUGUAGAAACAGAGAAGCUGAGGAGAACAGAGAGAAGGAGAACCAGGCCGCCACCCAGAUCCAGAGCUGGUUCAGAGGCUGUAAGGUGCGGGCUUACCUCAGCCAUCUGCACAAGAAGGCAAUCAUUAUACAGAAGAUAUGGCGGGGCUUCACAGCAAGGGCACGUGUCAGACAAAUGGUGAAGGCGGCAUAUUUUAUCAUGAAGAUGAAUUUCUACGAGGAGAUGGCGGUCAGGAUCCAGCGGAGAUGGAGAGGAUUCUUUGUGAGGAAACAUAUCCAUAACUUCUAUGCACGAAAAAAGUAUAUGGAAGGACUUGUCAUGAAAAAUGAACUAGUCAGGAGGGAGCUUGAUCAGCUGGAAGAACUCCAGAAAAGGGAGAGAGACUGUCUGGAUAUGGUGAAAGAGCACACAGCCAAAGUCUAUCAAGCUCAUCGGUUACAUCACCUCCUCAGUACAAAGCAGUGCCCAGGGGUCUUCAACUCUCCAUUCACGCCAGCUCCUCAUGAGAUGGAGCUGCUGCUGAGGCAGGUCAAGUACCAGGCCCCCACCAGGCUGGCCUCCAGGGGCAAGGCUUGUCUCUUGGGCAUCCCAAGCUCAACAAGCUCUAGUUUCCCUGCGACUCUUGGAUCCCCAUUGAUCAAAACCUCUAGAACUUACAGCUCCAGGCCCAUACUGCCUCCCAUUGGCAACAAGAAACAGCAGGGUCUUUCAAGAGAAGCAGGAGAGGCUUGGGAGCAGCGAUUGCAUUGUCGUGAAUUGAUGUUAUGUCUGCAGACCUCUUACAUGCACCUAGAGGAGGCCCAGAAUCAGCUACGUCAACUUGAGCCAGUGAGACUUAGAGAAACAGGAAGUACACCUCACCAUCUGAGCCAUGGCAGCAAUUCAUUUCCUCAUCCAGCCCAUACUGGCAAGAGCUUCAGAUGAUUAAUAUACACUGGUUAUGAGAGGAGGAUUGCUACUACUAGACAGACAGAAGUUUUUCAGUUUUUCAAUGAAGCAACUGGUCCAACUUAGAACUGAAUACUCAGUAAACCAAAGUGAUCGGGAAGCAGCGCGCAACAAUCUCUGAAUGUGUUCAUAUUCAAAUGUAUUGAAUUCACCAAAACCAAGACUAGGCUGUACAAUAAUCGUAAUUUACAAUACAUCAUAAUCAUUAGUUAAAGACUUCAGGAUUUAGGGUUGAAAUAUGAAUAUGAGGGGUGCCUAACAUUUUUAAAAUGUUCUUCUGUUAGUGCACUGGUUUUGUCUGUAAAAAUCCUUAUCUCAGUUAGAGUGAACCAAAGGUGAAGUUUUUUUUUUUGUUUGUUUGUUUUUAAAGAAGACCAUAUGCACAGAUUUUAAAAUUUUAGAGUCAAAUGCUCAAAUGGUAAUCAAAAUUGUUCCUUAUUAUCAUUUAUCGAUUAAUCACUUUAGUUCAUAACUUUUGUCAUUACCACAUACCACAUACCAAAGACCAUUAGUUUAUAAUUCUGUGAUAUAUUAAAUGCAGUGUUAUGCAAUAACCUUUCUCAUAAUUAUUGGCUUUAUUUAUUAUUACUUAGCAAAAAAGUUUUUCUCCUACGUAUUUGUGCCGUUGUCUCUUAUGUGUCCAAAUAUAACAAGCAUUUAUGAUUCACUGCUACUGACACCAAUGUGCAGCCCGUCUCUAUGUCCCCUACCCCCUGCGUGCACCUCCACUGUGCCGGCGGUGAGAAUAUUGUUGGUAGCUGGUGACGAUCAGUCCAUCUCCAUACAUUAAUCACCACCAAUAGAAAGCCCUGACACAGCAGCUACAGCAGUACCACUGCCCUGCCUAACAAAGCAUAGAGCAAGGACACACAGUGCCAACAGUGGAAAGACAGAAAAGAAGAAGAGAGGGAAAGUGCCGUUUUGCUGGGUGGAGGAUACAGAGAGAGAUAGAGAGAGGGAGAGCUAAAUGGGAAAAUAUGGAAAUGUAGAAAGAAAACAGUCAUACUUUAUGUUUCCCGCUCUGUCCUAACCUCUGUCUUCUUCCCUUUCUUUCGCUGCGUCUCGUUUUCUCUUGUUCUCCUGGUUUUUAUUGUUAUUACCAUGGCAGCACCAUUAGAGAGCUCUACGUUCUUCUCCACUGGAGCAAUAAAUGAAGAGGGCCUCACUCCUUUUUCCUCCUCAUCCUUUCCUUUCUCAUCCCUUCUUCAGGUCCCCCCGCUCGCCUACUUUCUCACCUCCCACCACAUUCUUCUCCGGUUCUCUUUUCCUCACCUUUAUCCUGCUUUCUCAUAUCCAGACUUCUACUCAUUGUUUCUCCUUUUUGUGAAAUUUAACCAUUUUGGCCUCAUUUUUUAAUCAUCCCCUUGUAGUAUAUAAAUCUCAUGUUUGAGUUUUCAGUCCUUUUCCUGCCAUAUCUUCUGGUAAACCAUCACGAUCUAUGCAUAAUGCAAACCUGUUUACCAUCCCCCACUUUGCAAAUGACACACACACAGACGAUGCAGGCUAUAGUAAUAGUUAAAAGCUACUUUGCUCUCAGUACAGUUGAAACACUUUGGACAAUUAAUGUGGAGUCCCAACAGAGCAGAUACCAACUAACAUCACAUUUCUAUAGUAUCAUCAUGAUAUGUUCCUGUCAUUACAGUAACCAGCUUGAAAAUUGGAUGUUUCAAAGCGGAUUCAAACCACAGCAUGCUUGAUUUUAUUGCAAGGACUUUUUAAAAUCAAGAUGACAGCGAUAACUAUGUUUUUCAGUCUGUAAGUAAAGCAUUUCUAUUUUGAUGUAAACUAUACCAAACGUGCUAUAUUAUAGAAAAAUAUGAAACUACAAAGAUCCCAGCGUUAAAAGUAGGGCUAGAUGCAGGCGGUUGCAGGACUGAGAAAAGUUAAAAGAGAGGGUUACAGACAGAGAGGGAUACCAUGCUGUGAGACGAAAAUGCAAUGAUGGGCUCCAACACUAAAAGUGCCACAAUCAAUUCCCAGCCAACAACGCAAAAAGAUCCAUGAGGAGUGAGCUGCCCUAUCAGGUACACCACAUGGUAUGAGACGAGACAGAGACACAGCAUGUAGACGGAGAACAGAAAAGGGAGAAGGACAGAGAUGAAAGCUGAGUAAAAGGAUAUAUGGAGUUGUCUUCGGUAGGACAAGGUAGGAACACAUGUGGGAAGUAAGCAGGGAGCAGAUGCCAAGAACGUAUGACAGUGAGUGUUAAACAAGAAGAGAGUGAGGGUGGAGGGAGCAGUAGGUGGCUGUAAGGAAAGGUUAGAGAGAGGAGACUAUGAGAAGUGUAUAUUAAAAAAGAUAGAAGGACAAGGUUCUACUGAGAAGGCACUGCUUUGCAUUCAUAGUGUUGUAUGCUUAAUCUGAUUCUGACCCUAAAGGAUCAUCACAGAUGCUGAUAUUGUUUUGCACAGAAUUUACUUUUUGUACAUUUUGUAGCUUCCUAAGCAUAAACAGUAUAAAAGAUGGACGUAACUACUGUGAUACAGCCCACUUUUUUCUUAAGUCUAAGAUGUGUCUUUCCACCAUCAACAUCUUGGAUGCAAAAAAACAGGAUGUAAUAAGGAGUUGUGAGUCUGAGUGUGAAACGACCUGCUCAUUGGCUAAUGGCUUGUGAAUCACAAGUGGGAAAAAAAGCACACAGCUAAUAAUUCUUUUUUGAAACAUGGUAUUACCAAGACUGAAAAAAUCAAUUUAAAGUUUUAUUUAGUAUGAGCCAAAAUAAGUGACUAAGACAGUGAACUCAGCAGCAGUGUUGUUCACAGAGGUCAAGAAAGAAAACCUUUUUCCCAUAGACUUCUGUAGGACUGAAAAUCUUUUUGCGACCUCAGCUAUCGCCAUCUGGUGGCCUUCUAAUAGAAUGCAGGUUUUCAGGCACUUCUGUAUUGGCUUUGUUUUUCUGGGAAGUCACAUCUAUAUUUUAUACUCACAUUUUAUACAACUUACUGAAGAGUUACAGUGUCCCAUCAGGGCUUGUAACGCUUAAGGCUAGUUGAAACACCAAAUUAGUUUGAGGGCUUCCCCCACCUUCAACCCACUCAAGAACUGUACUGAUAAUUUUGGGGAUUGUAACACUGUUGCAUUGACUAUGACAUACAAACACAAAGACAAUAACUUUUUCUACGCUUCUGCCUGAAAUUAUAUAGAAUGCAACCAAAGAGAAUAUUAGGGAGUUUGGGUUUUUUUCAUAUCUCUGAUAGGAUCCCUCUCAGAAAUGAUUUCUUCUUAUGGUGACUGCCGCUUUGAUUUUUGAUCCCUAAACAUUAAGACAAUGCACCACCAAAACAUUGUUUUAAAUAACUCACACUGAUAUGUCACAGCAACUGUUUAAAACUUUACAAAAGUACAAAGCCUGAAAAUCUGAAAGACCUUGAGUGGUGAUGGUAGGCUGUAGAGGUGAGAAAGAAAAUAAUAUGUGGAUAAUAUUGGAAAGUCUACAAAAAAAGUUUUUAAAGUCCCUCCAGUAAAAGUAACAGUUUGGCGAGACUGUGGAAAAUGUUCUGUAUGUGUUGGCAACUGCCUUAUGAAAAUACAUUAGCCUUGAAGACAAAAUCUAAAUAGCAGAAAGCAGUGGGGGCAAGAUUAACAAGUCUAUACCUGCUCUUGAAGACAACGACAAUGUGCUAACAUUUUACUGACACAUUGGGCAGACAAAUUGGAAGGAGGGAGAGAAAGAGUGAUGAUAUCAAGGUCAAGGUCAAUAAAUAAAUAGAAAAAGUCUGGAAGACCUAAAUUAAUCAGAUAUACAUUUCCAGCCUUGUCUCAGACUUCUGCAUGUUCUUGACACUGCAUCAGAGGUGGCAAGUACAAGUACUUUUCUACUGUACUUAAGUAGAAUUUUCAGGUAUUUAUACUUUACUUGAGUAUUUAUUUUUCUGAAAACUAUUUACUUUAACUUCCUACAUUUUAGCAUAUCUCUAUACUUUAUACCUUUUAAAUUUUAAAACAUGCUUGUUGCCUUAGGUUUAGUUAUUUCCCUUCACUGUACAACUUCCCAACAUUAAACUGAUUUGAAACCAAAUGGAGAGAAAAAUAUCACAUAAAAAUAAUUUUAUUAGUGUAUCCAGUAACAGUACAGACAGGACAGGAGAGAAAGAAGGGUGGUUAUUUUUAGGUAUUGCUCAGUGACAUUUGAUAAACUGAAAGCUUAUAAGUAUUGUUGGUUUUUAGUAAAUUUUGUAUUUAUACAUGAUGUGUUGCUGUAGUUCUGUUUUUUCAUGUUUUGUAAAACAAAUCAUACAAAAAAAAUCCCUGAAAUAUACUUCUUUCUACUACUACUUUCUAUUCAAAGGUUGAAUGAAAAUACUGAGCAGUUAAGUGCAGGUUAAACAGGCUAGUCUGUUGUACUGUUGUGAUUUUACAGUAAAGCACUGUGUUGGACUGGUGCAGAGCAGCUGUGGUGUUCAUGGUCACUGUUAGGUUACAUUAAGGUUUGCAGACAGCAAAUUAAAUUUAAGGUGAUGAUACUGGUUAUAUCCACUCACUGAAUCCCUGCUAGCUUUAUACUGUAUAGUGGUUGGAAAAAGUUCCUUUUUACCCUUUUCUAUGCAUGUGUUCUGUACAACACAUGUUCAACCUGAGUUCAUUCUUUGUAUUAGAAUUUAGAUUGAAAUAAAGAUUUCAUUCACGUGCAUUAAUAAUAUUUUAUUAUGUUAAUAUGGCACAAGUUUCAGUUUCAUUUUGUGGGGAUUAUAUCAUUUUAAUAUCAUGUUUAUUCAUUCAUAUUCGUUCAUAUUCUUUUUAUUCGUGUAUAUCCUUUUAUUAAGCUUUGAGUAGUGAUUAAAACAUUUAUUCAAUAUAUUACACAUAUAGUUUCAUUUAUGUUGUUACACAUAAUACAAAAUGGGCUUACAGAAGAGCCUUCUGUCUGGUAAGAGGUUAUAAGUUUUAGUUGGAGAGGUGAGACAGAGUGCACUGAGGUCAAGACAUACAGUCUGCACACACAUACACACAGACACACACAAACACACACACACACAUAGUCGGUAGACUCAUUUCUAGGUAAGAGUUCAGAUAUAUUUUGCUUGCAACUGCAUUUUGUGCCUGCAUAAGUGACGAGUUUGUUGUAGGACGGACUGCUGAUGUUCUGAGAUAAGCGGUCGUACGGCAGCUACAGGAAACACCUGGUUUUGGAGGCGAAGAAAAUGUUCUUUUUGAAUGUGUUAAAGGUUGUCAUUGCUGUAAAUCAUGCAUGUUAUGUAUCUGCUUUGACGCAUGAGGGGGCGUUAUAAUACCCUGAUGUAUAAAACAUUCUGAGUAUGCUUUCUUGGGGGGGGGUUUAUGCUGAGGAUUGUGACGGUGUAUUUCCUCCACACGUGUGUUUUAAUAAAAUCAUUGUUUUGACGCACUUGGACCUGUGGUCGUUUGUCUC